CGAACCACGAACAUUAAUUUUAUAAAUAUCAAUGGCAAGUUCGUUCGCUAGCUGUCGGCAAUUCCAGCGAGUUAUCUAACGGUAGACGUCACUUUAAGCAUUCAAAAUCGUACUAACUAAAACUCUAGACAGCUAUCUCUUUAUUGACGUCACCCACUGUUAUUUCACUUCAGUUGAUAGCCACUUAGCUAACGUUAUGUCUCGUUUCAAAAGGGGUGGUAAAAUUGAUUCCAGGGCCGGGUUUAAAACGGAAAAUGUAGAGUCCCCGGUUCCUCGUGGAUUAUUAAAAACAGCCAGAAAAAGCGGCCAGCUUAAUCUCUCAGGACGGGGUUUGACUGAAGUGCCACAGAGUGUUUGGAGGCUGAACAUAGACACGCCGGAGGAGGCGCAACAGAACCUGGCUUUCGGAGGCAGCGACCGCUGGUGGGAACAAACGGAUCUGACCAAGCUGCUGCUGUCUUCAAACAAGUUGGAGGUUCUCUCAGAAGACAUUAGACUGUUGCCCGCUCUUGUUGUUUUAGAUGUCCAUGACAAUCAGCUUACCACUCUACCUGCAUCUAUCGGAGAGCUGGAGAACCUUCAAAAACUCAAUCUAAGCCACAAUAAACUGAAGGAAUUGCCUGAGGAACUGUGGCUUCUGAAGAACCUUCGCAGCUUGCAGCUGCAGCAGAAUCUACUUGAGGAAAUUCCAGAGGGAGUUGGACAGUUGGUUGAUUUAGAUGACAUUGAUCUCUCCAACAACCAACUGACAGCUCUGCCUGACAGCUUGGGCAAUCUGAGGAAUUUGGUGAAGCUCAACCUGUCUCACAACAAGCUGAAGAGCCUCCCCCUUGGAAUCAGUACCAUGAAAAACUUGAAACUGUUGGACUGCACCCGCAAUCAGUUGGAAAGCGUCCCCCCUGUCUUGGCUCAAAUGGCAUCCCUAGAACAGCUUUACCUGCGGCACAACAAACUGCGCUUUCUUCCUGAGUUUCCCUCCUGCAAAACUCUUAAGGAGCUCCAUGUUGGAAACAAUCAGAUUGAGGUUCUGGAGGCAGACCAUCUGAGUCACCUUAGUGCUCUGAAUGUGCUGGAGCUGAGAGACAAUAAGGUGAAAAACCUGCCUGAUGAGAUCACACUACUGCAAGACUUGGAGCGUCUGGAUCUUACCAACAAUGACAUCAGCAGCCUGCCAUGUGCUCUUGGUAACAUGCCGAAGCUGAAGAUCCUGGCUCUUGAAGGAAACCCUCUGAGGGCAAUCCGUAGAGACCUGCUGACAAAAGGUACCCAAGAGCUGCUGAAAUAUUUGAGGAGUCGUGUUCAAGAGCCAACACAUGAUGUCAAAGCUCAAGAGGAACCUAAGACUGCAAUGACUCUUCCCAGCCAAGCCAGGAUCAAUGUACAUGCCAUUAGAACACAGAAGACAUUAGACUACAGUGAGAAGCAGGAGGCAUCAAUCCCCGAUGAGGCCUUUGAUGCAGCUUGUGACAGUCCCGUUGCCAUUGUGAAUUUCAGCAAGAACCAGUUGACGGCAGUACCACCCAGGGUUAUGGAGCUGCAAGACACCCUGUCCGAUAUUAACCUGGGUUUCAACAAGUUGACCAGCAUCCUGCCAGAUUUUAGUAUGCUGAAACAGCUGGUACAGAUAGACCUGAGGAACAACCUUUUGACAUCACUGCCUUUGGAACUAGAGGCCUUGACAAAACUGCGGACCAUCAUACUGUCUUUCAACAGGUUUAAGUCAUUUCCAGACGUGCUGUACAGGCUUCCCAACCUGGAGGCCAUUUUAAUCAGUAACAACCAGGUGGGCAGCAUCGAUGCGAUCCAGCUUAAGGGCUUGGACAGGCUAUCCACUCUGGACCUACAAAAUAAUGACAUCAUGCAUGUGCCCCCUGAGCUGGGCAACUGUACAAGCCUAAGAGCCCUCAUGCUUGAUGGAAAUCCAUUCCGCAAUCCCAGAGCAGCAAUUGUGGCCAAGGGAACAGACGCACUCCUCGAAUACCUGCGAAGUAGAAUUCCAACUUAAUCAAAAAGCUGAAGGAGACCCAAGAUUUUGACUUGCAGUGUAAUGUUGCAGCUCAAAACUAGUGUUAUUCUAAUCUCUGAAGGUUACAAAAGAACCCCUUCUGUUGAGGAAACGCUGAACAUUCUAAAUGAGUACCGAACAGGUUGCUCAGUUUUGAUUCACUGUGAAAUUUAACAGUCAGACUGCUGUCUCAGCAUGUUUGCUUGGAGCCUGCCAGCUCAUAGUUUUGAAUCAAAACAGAAGUGGUACAUUAAUAUUAUCAAGAGUAAAAAACAGUGCCUGAGUUCACUGCACUAAAGUUGUGGGAACAAAGGUACCAGACAUGUCUGCUCCUGAAAAGAUCUUACUCUGUAAUGCCUUCCUGCCAAAGUUACCCAAUGAGCUGUUUUCAUGACUGGCACCUUUGAUAUACCUAUUAUAUAAAGUUGAAGAUGUAAGUGGCUAACUUGUAUUAUGUGGUAAAUCCUUGAUUUCAGUUGAUGACACUCCAAAUCAUAUGCACAAAACUAGUAGAUCUAAUAGUAAUUUGGAGUAAAAAGGCAGUUCAUUUUAGAUCACAGGGUAAUUUUGUAACAGUAAUUCACU